AUGCAAGAAAACAGACAAUCAUUUUUAGACACUACUAAAAUUGAAGAUGAAGAUGUUGCUUUGGAGAAAAUACUGUCAAAAUUUCGUCCUCUUGGGCCGUACUAUGUGCGUUUCAUGCCAUUUCUGAUGUUCGCUUGUUUCACCAACGGAUUCUAUUGCAUGAACUACGUAUUUGCUGUGGGUAUGGUUGAUUAUCGUUGUAAAUACCCAGAAUGCAUGAACACCACAUCGCUGUCUGCAACAGCUCUGAACUUCACCCAGGACACAUGUCACAAGUACCAGCUCUCAGAUCACAACGGCACGUGUUCAGUAAACGGCAACUUGUCGAAUGUGCAAGAUUGUGUGGAGUGGGAGUAUGAUGAACCUACCAGUUUUGUGGCUGAAUUCCAGCUUGGGUGUCAGGAUUGGAAACGAGCUCUGGUUGGUACAGUGCACAGUUUCGGAUAUAUGCUUGGGCUGUUGCUGUUGGGACCAAUCUCUGAUAAGAUAGGAAGAAAGAAAAUUAUAGUUUUCACUGGAGUCAUGGGUGGUGUCUUGGGCCUCGCCAGGAGUGUCACAGUGUCCUACUGGACUUACGUAGCAUUUGAGCUCAUGGAGGCAUUCUCUGGAGACACGUACUCACCGAACUAUAUGUUGGGUGUAGAAAUGGUGACCAAAGAAAACCGAGCCCUAUUUGCUCCUUUAAUGAUAGCAUCCAUGUCUAUAUCAGGAAUCAUAAUGGCACUGGCCGCCUGGUUAGUCCCCUAUUGGAGGCACUUCUUAAGAGCCAUCUACAUUCCAGCUCUAAUCUUCAUUCUUUACGCUUUCUUUCUCGACGAAUGUGUAAGGUGGCUUCUGAUAAAAGGUAAAAAGAAAGAAGCCAAAAAUAUUUUGAGAAAAGCUGCCAAGAUCAGCCAUGUUCACAUUGAAGAGAGUACACUGGACAAAAUCGAUUGUGAAAAAAGGGAUGCCAGUGUGAAUUUGAUCACUCUUUUGAAAAUGACGUUUUCAUCAAAGACUUUGUUCCUAAGAUUUCUGGCUUGUGCUUGUGCAUGGAUUACAGCCACUUUCAAUAAAUACGGUUUAAUGAUAAACGCCGUAUCUCUGGAAGGAAAUAAGUACGUCAAUUACGCUCUAACGUCUUUCGCAGACUUUCCAGCGAGUCUGUUACUUAUUGUCAUUCUAAUAAAGUUCAAAAGAAAAAAGCCAUUGAUAUUUUCAUUUCUGAUGACUGGGUCUUUUUGUGUCGCCCAGUCUUUUGUGCCAAGAGGCUACCCAAUACUUUCAACGUCUUUAUUUUUUGUUGGCAAGUUCACAGCGGCCCUAUCUACAGGAACAGUGUAUUUAUACACUACUGAGCUUUUCCCAACUUAUACAAGAAACACAAUGCAUGCUUUAUGCUCCUCUAUUGGACGAUUUGGGGCUAUUCUUGCACCGCAAACUACUUUGUUGAUUCGUUACUGGAAAGGAUUCCCAUCACUGAUCAUCGGAGGCUUAUCCCUGACUACAGCCCUGAUAAUGAUGAUGAUGCCUGAUACUGCGGAAGACGUGUUACCUGACACCGUGCAGCAGGCUGAGGCACUUGGUACCAAACGUGUCAAGGAAGACAGGAAUGUUUCUGAAUCUUUGUUAUAA